GGGUGCGCGCGCGCUCCGUUCCCCUGCACGCAUUGGCUGCUCGGUUCUCUGGUUGUAUUUUUAGGUCCGAGCGAGUUUAGCGGCCGCGUGCAAAAAAAAACUCCUGCGCAGCGGCAGAGACGCAGCGGCAUCCAGACGCAGCGGCACUCCGGGAUCUCCGUCCCCGACUCCGGUUACCGCUCCACAUUCGGUCGUGUACGCUGUCGGACUGUUGGGUUGGGUGGAAAUGGCCAGUGCGGACCAACCCGAACCGACCGAAGUGAACCCGGCGCAGGCGUUUCUGGAGGCGCAGAAAUGGAUAGAGGCGGUGACGGGGAAAACGUUCGGCGAGAGGGACUUCAGGAGCAGCCUGGAGAACGGCGUCCUACUGUGCGAAUUGCUGAGCUCCAUCAAGCCUGGCCUUGUGAAGAAGAUCAACAGACUCCAGACCCCCAUCGCAGGACUGGAUAACCUCACCGUGUUCCUGAGAGGAUGUGAGGAGCUGGGGCUGAAAGGUUCACAACUCUUCGACCCAGGAGACCUGCAGGACAUGUCCAUACGUGCCAACCUAACGGGAUCGGAGUGCAGUCGGAAGCUGAAGAACGUGCUGAUUACUCUUUACUGGCUGGGAAAAACCGCCAACGUUUGCGAGGCGUACAGCGGUCCGACCCUCGACCUGAAGGAGUUCGAGGGCCUUCUGUCCAUGACGAGAAAGGAUUGUAUAAACGAGGAGUCCGACUCUCCUAAGCGAAGCGUCCGGGACAGCGGUUGCGUAGACAACUGGGAAUCGGAGCAUUCUGAUUCGCUGUCGCCUCCCAGACAUCAGCGGGAGGAUUCGUUCGACAGCCUGGACUCGGUCGGCUCGCACUGUCAGUACGGACAGACGGCCGACGCGGUCAUUCGUGCCAACAACGAUGACGAAGACGGCGAGCAAAGGAGGCCGGACGUCCGGAAGGACGACAUGUCGGCCCGCCGCGUCUCCUGCAAGGAGCCCCGCGCCGUGCUGCCGUUCAACCAGUACCUCCCCAACAAGAGCAACCAGACCAACUACGUGCCGGCCCCGCUGAGGAAGAGGAGGAGCGAGCGCGACGAAGAACUCCGGAGCGCCAGCAACUCCACCUCCCCUAUCAGCGAAUCAAGCAAGGCGGGAGGGGCGGAGCCCGAGCCGGACGAGGCGGAGCUGAACAGGAUGAGAAAGCUAGAGAAGGCGGGGAUUAAAGUGUUGCCCGCCUUGGCGAGAUAUAACAGUCCUAAGGUGAUUAGGGAAGAGCCCGAACAGGUCGAGUCUCCGCCUCCUGACAUCAUCCUCCGCCGAGACAACAACUUCCUGCGGGCCGACCGCGCCCACGAGUGGGACGGCGAGGACGACGAGGACGGAGACGGAGACAGGAAGGUGCCGGACAUCCAAAACGACGACCUGGCCUCCCGGAGGGCGCGCAUGAACCAGCCGAAACCCAACGCCGUGCAUCGGUUCCUACCGAGCGCUUGCAGCGAGAAGGACCGCGAGAGGUGGGAGGGGAUACGCCUGUCGUCCCAGCAUGCUGUGCUGGAGUCGGUAGAAAAAAUAAAGCAGGAGAAGAGCGAAGCCAAUCCCACCCCUUCCACGGUGUCGAUCUUAACCCGUAAGGACAACCCCUUCCUAAAUCCCCGUACCAAAAAGAACCGCUCUGAGGAGGAGAAGAGGAACGAGAACGAGGAAGAAGAGGACGAUGACGAAAAGGAGGUCGUCCCGAAUCUGAAAACCGACGAUCUGGCCAGGAGGCGGUCCCAGAGCAGGUCCCACCUACGGAAGGAUCCUCGUCGGGCGCUGACGCAGACGAGCAUGACCGAGUCCGACCUCAAGAAGUGGCAGAGGCUCUCCAUGAGCACGGAGGACAGCGAGUUCCCACCCGUCGAAGUGUCGAUUGUAGCUCGUAAAGACAACACCUUCCCGACCCCUGAGAAACCCAGGGAGCAGCUGGGCCGCCAUGACGACGACCACGAAGAGACGAACGGAGGCGCUCGGGCCGCCUCGCCUAACGUAGAAAAAGAUGACCUGGCUAGGAGACAGGCCCAGAGUGGGCACCACCCACACCCUCGACAGCCGCUGGCUCAGACGGCGAUUACUCGGUCGGACUUGGAGAAGUGGCAGAAGCUGCAGAUGAGCACUGACGACAGCGAAGCCGUUAGCGCGCCGACCGCUCCUGCCGAGUCCCCGCGACCCUCCGCCCGUGACCCCGGACGGCCCCUGAGCUCCGCCGAGCGCGAGGCGCUGGAGCUACGACUAGCGGAGAAAGCCCGCGACGAGGAAGAUGAGGAGGAGGACGAGGAAGAGAAGGGACGCCAGCCUGACCUGGAGAAGGACGACAUGAUGGCCAGACGCACCGGGGCGUUUCAGAAGGGGACGGGCGGCGGGAGUCAUAGCCGCUUCCUCCCGCUGCCGGGCGCUAAGAAGGAAACGGGUUCGGAUAAACAUGGCAGAGGCGCCAGCGGGGACCCGGCGAUGCUGGAGAAAACGAUUCAAACCAAGCGCUUCAAGGUCGGACAAAGAGUCCCCCCCAAAGAGGCGCCGCCCUCCGCUCCGGAACGACCCGACGUUUUCGGUUCGGCCCGAGAUAGCGACCCCGCCCCGGACAAGGACGACAUGCUGGCCAGGAGGACGGGGGCCCACCAGAAACCGAGCGGGGGUCCCGGGCAAACCUUUAACGCCUUCCUGCCGGUACCCGGAGCCGCCAGGGGCAAAAAGAACCCCGAGCAGAAGCAAGAGAGUAACCACGCCUGCGCUCUCGGCCCCGCCCUCAGAUCCGCGACUCCGCCCCCUGCAGAAGUCGACGACGCGCCCAGGAACAUCCUGGGCACAACACAGAGGUCUUCACCUUUACCCCACCCUGACGCACAGCCGGCACAGUGUUGCCCUGGCGACGACGAUGCUUUUCCAUCAAAAUCCGGUCGCAGAGCUUCUAGUCUUUCAGAUGAACCUGAGAGCGUCAGUCUGAUCGACAUGCGUGACGAGGAGGACGUGGAUUCGCUGUCGCCUCACAGCCAGGCUCGGCAUGAAAGGCUGCACAACCAGUACAACCAGAACAAAGAGGAGGACGACCAUUGGCGGGAUGACCUAGCCCGCUGGAAGAAUCGGAGGCGCAGCGCCUCCCAGGAUCUGAUCAAGAAGGAGGAGGAGAGAAAGAUGACGGAAAAACUGCUGAUGUCUGAGGUAUUUUCGCAACGCAAGAAAAGUAUCAAGACCUACAAGGAGAUUGUGGAGGAGAAGGAGCGUCGAGAGCAGGAGCUGCACACGAUGUACUCUAACGCCUCGACUGCCGAGGAGAAGGCAGCCAUACUGCAGCGCUACGCUCUUCGCUUUACCAUCAGCGACGCCAUCUUGGAGAAACUCCAGCUUCCGAAACUCCCAGCCGCCAUUGCCGAGCAGGUCGCGUACACCCUGAAAGAGGAAGCGGAACUCUUAGAGGCCCAGGCACCUUCUGACUGGCAGAGUCCCCUAGACACUUCAGAUCUAUCACCUCUCUAUCACCAAGACUCUAGAACCUCUGAAGUCCAGCUCUUGCCAAACCAAGCUUCUGAAACCCCAGAACUCCCACUUUCACCAGCCCGAGAGCCCCAAACCCCAAAAGUCCCACUUUCACCAGCCCGAGAGCCCCAAACCCCAAAAGUCCCACUCUUACCAGCCCGAGAGCCCCAAACCCCAGAAGUCCCACUUUCAAGUCCUACUGCCCAAACCUGCAAGAUCCAAGAAGUCCCAAACUCACCAUCCAAGGAAUCUAAAACCUCAGAAGUCCUACCCUUACCCGCCCAAGAGCCCCAGAUCUCAGAAGUCCCAAAGUCACCAUCCCAGAAAUCAAAAUCCUCAGAAGUCCUACCCUUACCCGCCCAAGAGCCCCAGAUCUCAGAAGUCCCACUUUCAAGUCCUACUGUCCAAACCUGCAGAAUUCAAGUCCCAAACUUACCAUCCCAGGAAUCCAAAACCUCAGAAGUCCUACCCUCACCCACCCCAGAGAUUCCACUCUCACCCGCCCGAGCCUUGACGUCUCCGGCAAUCCCGUCGUCAUCAACCCAGGCGUCCAAAACCCCGGAAAUCCUACCCUUGCCUACUCGUAUUUCCCCUGCACCCUACAGACCUGUGCCGCUGCUGACGCCCAAACCUUACAGCCAACCGAAACUCAAUCAGCUGUCGUACAAGCAGUUUAAAAGCGACGGACUGGUGCGAGUGAACGGAGACUCCACUUCAGAGGAGACAAGAGUGAGUCCGGUCCGACCUGUUUCCUUCUGCCCAGUGCCGACAAAAUGGGCAAACGAAAGUCCUCAAAGAGGGCCAGAAAUCGCCCCGGAAACGCAGGCUACAUCCAUCGUUGUGAAGAAAGAGAUGCAAAGCCUUAGCAGUUGUGAAGAAAAGAGCACCACAGUGGAGGAGACCUCCAAACCUCUCCCAGCUUCGGAACUAACAGGAAACCAGACGGUCUCUGAUUCGGCGGUGAAACGCAGCUGCGUGGUAAAGACGACCAUCGUGACGGAGGUUACGGGAACCCACUUACUAGCCACAAGAGACCUAGCCGGUUCUGACCAGACAAAGAGUUUGAACGGUUCCAGUCAGAAUGAACUCGCCUCCUCGUACUCGCCCUCUCUGACAGAUGGAUUCGACCUGACCAGCGAAUGCAUCGAAACCCCCAUGUUGAACCUCGCGAAGAGGGUCGAUCACUGGACGUGGGACCCGAACGAGGAGCGCAAACGGCAGGAGCGUUGGCAGCAGGAGCAGGAGCGCCUGCUACAGGAAAAGUAUCAGAGGGAGCAGGAACGACUGAAGCAGGAGUGGGAGAAAGCCCAGAAGGAAGUAGAAGAAGAGGAAAGGAAACACCACGAGGAGGAGCAAAAGAUCCUGGAGGAAACGGUGGCCCCUCUGACCCCACACUCGUCCGGUCUGUCGUCCUCGGGCUCGGUGACGGACGCCUCCCCCACCGGAACCUCUCACGACACCAUCGUCCUGUCGCUGGCUGACUGGGAAAGGAAACAGGAGAUGCUGGAGAAACAGGUCAAGUCGGACGGGACAAGCUCUAACUGGACAGAAGAAAUCGAACCUACGCAGCAGAACGGCCAGCAAGCGGAGCAUCAGGAGGGCCAAACGGCGACGCCGCGACUGCAGUUCAUCCAGGACGAGACCUGGAGCUGUAAACCGGAACACACACACGAGCUGAACAAGACGGCCUCGCUGGACCGGAACGCCGGCCUUCCGCAGGAUCAGGCUCCCAAAAUGAGGAGGUCUGGGUCGUACGAACAUGUUUUGGGAUGCACAUCUGUAAUUUGUCCAUCAUCACAAGACGCAUCGGCAUCUACAGACAGGUCCAUAAGUGCAAAGAAGCUCUGCUCCAGCUGUACGGAGCCACUGGGGAAAGGAGCAGCCAUGAUCAUCGAGUCCCUCGGCCUCUAUUUCCACAUCCAGUGCUUCAAGUGCGGGGUCUGUAGAGGGCUGCUCGGCGACACGAGUUCGGGGACCGACGUCCGGAUCCGGACCGGCGUGCUCAACUGUCACGAGUGCUACCUAAAAUCCCGCGCUGCUGGACAGCCCACGGUGUUAUAAGGCCGGUCCGGAGGCGUCGGAGAGGAAGCCCGAGAGACCCGCCGAGCCGACGCCAGGGCCGAGAACACGACGGACACCCGAGUUCUCUCAUUCAAACAUCUCUCUCAUUCUCAAGAAAGAAGCACAAAUUUAAAAAAAAAAGCACUAAUCGCCUUUUUAGCGCAAACGGACAGUUCGGGAAUUAAAUUUAAGAACCGCUAACCUGGAUUUCGGACGUCCAACCUGAUUGUCGAUACGUGUUUUGCACUUUAAGAGCUAUUUUUUACAAACUUUCAGCUACUUGUAGACGUUUAGAAAGAAGCGUAAAGCAUAAUAAGCAAUGAUUAUUAAAUUCUACUUCUUUUUUUUUUUUUUUUUUGGUUGGAAAUUGGAGUCGUUUCGGGUCGAUCUCGCACCUCGUACCCUAUAGUCAGGGCCGGACUGCACCAAUCAAGAGUUUGGAUCGUCGAGAUUGGAUCCAAGCGGGCGUACGACGGUAUGACGGGCAAAUGUGACCACUGAUGUGAGGUCGAGGCACCGGCACGGCCAGCGUGUUCCAGGCCAAAAUACUGGUUCCUCUGAUUUUAGAACUGGCCCGAUGGUGCCCCCUAGUGCUCUACUCUAACGUCCGGGGGGGCUACUGACCCGUCUGCCCCGCCCAGUAUAUAGCCCCGGCCCUGCCUAUAGCGCGCGUAUGAAAGAGAUACGAGCCGUUCUGGGUGAAGCUUUCGAAAUCGUAUACACUAUAUGGCCAGUCGAGGUAUGUCUGUGUGUGGGAAUUUGUGCCCAUUUGUGUGGCUGGGAACUGAUUUGGGCGCCCAGGUGGCACAGCGGGAUGAUCGGCCGGGAUUCUGAGCGCUCGGGUCCGAAUCCGGGCUCGGCUGGGCGCCCAGGGACAGAAUCGGCUUCCAGUCUGCCGGGUGGAAAAGACCGGACUAAGGGGUGGGGUGUGAGGAUCUUGAUUGCCCGGGGGUGUGUGUCGGGCAAAUAUACACCCUCCUUGGGCGCCGUCGGGGUCCCCAGGAGCAGAUUGGCUACGCUAAAUUAGGGGGGAAUACGUUUGUCCAUAUAGUGUAUAUACUCAUAAAGCUAUAAGGUUUCCCGACUUAUUAAGGAGGUCAUGUGAUUUGUUUCUCGGGUUUAUACUGGACGAUAAAUCGAUGUGAAAUGUGAAGCCUUAAAUGAAGGCGAGCGAUGCUGCACCGGCCUGCGCGGAGGAAUCCCGAACGGCUUUCUAAUGUCCGCUACAGAAACCGAGAUGCUUCCACCACCGCGCUUCACAGUUGGUUUUGAUUUCUACCAUCCCCUUUAACUAGUUUCCGUUCCCAUUUUUGGCAUUUUUGGGAUCAUGGCGCAUCAUCCCGCUUCGGUUUCUCAAAUUCAACACCUUACGGCGACAAU